UAUGCCACUGUUAAUACUGAUUUUUCCUACACUUUCCUUUUUUUCUGAAUGUAAGUUUCGUUUUUCCUGAAUGUUCUCUUUGCCCAAGUAUGUGUAGCUUUAGUUUUCUAUUUUCUACUGUACUUUCUUGAAAAAAAAAGGAUUUUACUUUUGUUCAGAUGUUCCUGUCAUGAAUUCCUGAGUUUUCCUUCGCCGCUAUUUUCCCAUUUCCCUUGUUUGCCUCUUUUUGACAAUUAAAAAUAAGAGAAACAAACAAAAAACAAAUACAAAUUCUGCUGAAUCUGAAAAAAAUCAGCGGUUGUAGUCAUUGAUUAUCAUUUAGCAUACUGCUACAGUUCAUUUUAUAAUGCAGUUGACUCCAGCUUGAUCCAUUGUUAAAAGUUUAAUUUAUGCAACAUAACCAAGACUGAGCUUUUUUCCUCUUAGUCUUGGUUAUGUUUCAUAAAUUAAACUUUCCCCUCCACAAACUAUAAUCAGUCACAACCCACCUUCCUAAUAUUGUGUAGGUCCCCAGUAUGUCCAGACGAACUCACAAUCAUUGAUGCAUAAAAUAACUUUACAAAUGACUAAUAUCUCCUGAGAUUAGCUUUACAUUGUAGUAGAAAAUCUGCUUGUAUAAGAUCAAGGUCACUGCAUCUGACCAAUCUAAACCAACCACAACUUCAAAGCAUCCAAUCAGAGGUGAGUCUGAAUCUGCUUUUACACUGCACACACGAGUUCACUCCCUCACUAUCACUUCAUCUGAACAGGAACAAUGAUCUCACUCUUUGUAGCUCUUUGUCUCUUUACAUCAGUGAAACCUUCUAACAUCAAGGAGCUUCAGGUUCAGAAAGUAACGUGUGGAGAAAGUGUUACUAUAAAAUGUGACUUGUCCAGUGAUGAUUUAAUUUGGUAUAAACAGGAUUUUGGAAAAGUUCCUCAGAUGGUAGUGAGACGAGUUCAGAGCACAUUCAGAUACAGUGAAGGAUUUACAGAUGAACGCUUCAGUGUAAAUAAUUCAUAUAAUCUCGCCAUUAAAGACCUGAAAGAAGAGGAUACCUUUGGAUCUGGAACCCUUUUGAUUGUUGAAGCUGAGGAGAUGAAACGACUUCCUCCGACUGUAACGCUGAUGGAGAACGGAGACUCGCUCACACUCCAGUGUUCAGUACAAGAGUUUACUUCAAGCUGUGGAGACCAGAGUGUGUACUGGUUCAGACACGACUCAGAAGAAUCUCCUCCAGGAAUCGUUUACACUCAUGGAGACGGCAGUGAUGAGUGUAAGAAGAACUCUGAGGCUGGUUCUCCUCCACAGAGCUGUGUCUACACUCUCCCCAAGAGGAAGCUCCAGACCUCUGCUAAGGGAACGUUCUACUGUGCUGUGGCUGCGUGUGGACAAAUCCUCUUUGGGUAUGGAACUGAAGUUAAAGAAGGUGAAGGAGAAGAAAAGAUCCAGUGGAGAGUUUUAGUCUUAAUCACCUCUAAUAUAAUAUCUAUUACUGUAAUCAUGGCUCUGGUUUGGGUUUUACUUCAGAAACAAAGAAAAGGGGCUUCCAUCGAGCAUCAGAAUAACACAGAUCAGGCUGAUGAUGAAGAUGUCUUGAACUAUGCAGCUGUGAGUUUUGCUAAGAAACCUUCAUCCUCCAGAACAUCCAGAGACCAGAGAUAUGAAGACGUUUAUGCACAAGUUCGAAUCAAAUAGAUCCAAAGAAAUGAGUUCAGACACUGAAGUUUUAUUGUUGUUAAAAUGUAUUCAUUUAUUCAAAAAGAAUAAAUAAUUGCUGAAGAAACUGUUUAGGA